GCUAUCGGUGGUGCAGUCUGGCACGGUGUUAAGGGAUUCAGAAACAGUCCGUACGGUGAGCGGAGAAUAGGAGCCAUCACAGCUAUUAAGGCUCGAGCACCAGUUCUCGGCGGUAACUUCGGUGUCUGGGGUGGUCUCUUUUCAACAUUCGAUUGCACAGUCAAGGGAAUACGGAAGAAGGAGGAUCCUUACAAUGCCAUUAUUGCUGGAUUCUUCACUGGCGGUGCACUGGCUAUCCGUGGUGGAAUGAGGGCUGCACGAAACUCCGCCAUCAUGUGUGCUUGUUUCUUGGCUGUUAUCGAAGGUGUUGGUAUCGGAUUCCAGAGAAUGAUGGCUGAUAACACCAGAUUAGACGUGAGUUUUAUCCUAGAGUUUCUUCUCUUUUCACUCCCAGCUAAUAUAUAUCGCAUAUAG